CCUCUUCCUGCCCAAACAAGUGAAGUAGCCUUCCUCUUUCUUCAGCUAGGUUUUCAAUCAGUUUCCUCCACCCUCUUUCCGUCUUCUUCCUCCUGCUCCUCCUCCUCCUCCUUUCAAUAACCGGGUCGCCGGGGAGCGCCGCGCCCGGGCCAUCCAGAUCGACGGCGGACGCAGGCUGACGAGCGAUCCUGGUUUCGUCAGGACGGUGUCGAUCGGCGGCGAUGGACCAGGAAGCUGCCCGAACAGCCCGGGAAUCUCUGGACCUCGCGUUCCACAUGUCCAACAUUCUCGAAACCGGACUCGAUCGCCACACCCUCUCCGUCCUCAUUGCCCUCUGCGACCUGGGCGUGAACCCUGAGGCACUCGCGGCGGUCGUCAGGGAACUCCAGAGAGAGCCUUCUCCAUCCGUCACGAUGCCAAGUCCGUAUCAGACUCAAAAAUAGCGACAAAAUGCUCUGUCUUGCUUUGCAGUGACAGUGCGACUGAAGAUAGGGCAAGGCGGUCCUCUUUUUUUCAAGGGCGGAUUAGUUGUUCCUGGACAAAUCCUAGCUUCCUACAUGCAAAUAAAGAUUUCUGCUCCUCUGUUUCUCUGUUUGAAGAGAUCGUCCAUCUUGAAGAUGUUACAUAGUGGGUUGUUGCUGCGUGGCUGGUUUUUCAAUCUGCAGAAGUUUGUACCUGUCUACUUGGAAUGUACAGCGAGUAUGAAUAUGCCUAUCUCUACCUAUAUUAACUCAGCUGAAAUGUGGGAUUUUGGAGAGUUCUGUGUUAAAUUGACGAUGUUUGGUUUGUGUCUUCCGCGUUGAUGUAAACGCUGAAUCUUGUUAAGAUGUUUUUUCUCUGUCUGUGUCUGAAAGGAAAGAAACAUGAAAUGCAAUGCCAUUUUAGGCA